GCUAUAUGAUAUCUAUGUGAUAUCUGUUGAUAUUAGGUUGUUGAACAACCUAAUAUCAACAGAUAUCACAUACAUAUAAGCUUUUUGUUGGCUCAGAAAUGGACCCCAAACCCUGUCUAAGGGGCUGAUUACAUGGACCGAGCCAGCCCGGUUAACCGGGCUGAAAAAUGUCACGAAAAUCUUCCUUGGGCCGCAAAAUGAGUUUUAAAUCGGGUUUAGGAUGAUUUUGCAUCUAUACUAAACCAAUUAUUUAUCGCAAAUUUAUUUUACGCGAGUUUUAAAACCACAGUAAGGUCCUAAACAAACGAGUCAGCCCGGUUAACCGGGCCAGCUCGGCACCAUGUAAUCAGCCCCUAACUAAUCACUAGACUCACUAGUAUAUAUGUACAAAAAUAUGUCUAAAUUCAAAUAUUAUUAUUAUAAUUAACUGCCCUGACGAAGAUCCGUGGGCGCACGGACUGAACGUUUUGGCAAAUGAAUAAAGGUGUGGUGUUUUUUACACUAGAAAUCCAAUUAUAUUACCAUGUAAUAUUGCAAGAAACGUUUCUGGCAUGAUAUCGGCACUUUUGUUAAAAACUGAAAUUAAAAGUAUCUGCAAAAAAGUAGCCUACUGACUUUCGCUAUAGCUCGAGGUGAACGCGCACCCUGGCUGUCUUUUUACCAGGUACCCAAUUGUCAGACUUCCGCCGCUUGAACGAAUUACUUGUAGCAAAAUCUUUUCAUCCGUAACCAGCUGUUUUUAAUAAAUCAGACAUUUCAAACAAUAUAGUUUGACUGUUUUAUUUUGAAACUAUCUAAUUAUGGCAUCUUCAAGGUUUCUCUUCGCAGUAGUUUUAUGCAUUGUUCAGCUAUGGCAAUCAGAAGCCGCGGCUGUCAAGGAAUUUCACGAUUGGGACGGUUUAAAACAAGAUCUAAUUACCUCGGAGUACUCUAUGGUCGACUUCUUUGCUUCUUGGUAAGUACAGGCUAACCUUUACAACUGCAAAGGCUGGUGCAGACUCCUAUACUGGACCUCCAGGAAGAACAAUUUAGAACAGAUAGAGCUAUCUAGUUAGUAGUAUAAAUGACUAAUUUAGUUCUUGUAGUAAACUACGAACAAUUUAAGAACUGAUAGAGUUAUUUUAGGCAGCGUCCAAUCUGAUCUUUAGAAUGUUAUUGAGAUUACGAUUAACAUAGUUAAUAGUAAUGUCGUUUUAAACUCCUGUUCUCCGACAUCUAUUGCCAAAUCUAUACAUUGGUCAAACGUCGGCUGUCUGACUUUGUCCAGAAAACAAAGUCAUAAUCGAUAUUCUCACCCGUUGUCAUCGACUUUAUCUAUUUGAUUCGCUAUUUUUACAAGGCCGAGGGUUAUUUAAACUUUCUGUUACUUUUUACAAGGUGUUCAUAUUGCGUCACUCUGGCUCCAAAAUACGAACAGGCAGCAAAGAUGAUUUCAGAAGGAGAUUUAAAAGAUAAAGUUAAAUUAAUUAAGGUAUGUCGAAGCAGAGAACGUGUUUUUUUUUCUAUUACCACCACCUUACUAAACGAACUUAAAUUUAUGCUGCAAAGUUACACUUUAAAAACGCCCUGUUUAACAUUUUCCUGGUUAUUUAACCAAGAAAUAACCCUGUUUGAGUUGGCUUAGCAUUCCAGGUUCAUUUUCCUGGCUAUUUUAACCUUUCUCCUGCUAUACAGGGUGUAUCAAAAUAAAUGCAAUUCAUCUUUUGUGCUUAAUAACUUUCGAAAUACUAUUUCUAGUUAAACGCUUUUAGGCUUACUUCAAAGCCUGUUCUUUUCUCUUUCAAACAAACUAUUAUUCUUGUCUCCAAUGCUAGUAAUAAUUGCACAGGAAAAGAUUUAGUAAAACCUAUCAUUUUUAGUUGCUGUUUAAUUAUGCAAGUUUACUAUGUUAUUGUUUAGUCGGUUUAAAUGUUAGAAUUUCUUCUUUAAACUUUAAUGUUGUCGCCACUACAUCUGGAAAACCACGUAAGAACAAAUUAAAAGUAUUUUAAAAGAGACCAGCUUGUUUGAAAAUCCUAAACGAAUGCUAAAAAUCGUCAAAACAUUCUGGUGUCUGAGCCAGAGUGUCAUCGAAUUGCGAUGUAAUGUAAACAGAAAUUAUAGCAGGUUGAUGUCAGUCAGCUUAGAAGGUCCAAGCCAAAAUUAUAUCGCAUUUGAAGUUUCAAACUGAGUUAAAAAUAGUGGAAGAAAAGCCGUAAUUAUACUUAUUGUUACAAUCCAUUUAAUAAAAUGCAACAUUUCUUUGUUUUAAUGAAAAAAAUCAGUUAUUUUCAUGAGAACGAUUUGUUAUUCCAUCUCAAUUUUUUUUAAUCUCCAAUCGCAAUAACGUGAAGUAUUAUUACCCGCGAACCAAUGAGUCAAAUUUAAGAAACAAUCCACUGUUAGAAAGCUGAAUGGCUACGCUUUAAAAUGAAUGUAAACUUUAACGUUUUCGUCUAUUAUUUGCAUGUUUAGCAAUUUACAUUUCAGUCGAGAAUUGCGCUUUUUUUGAUACACCCUGUAGUCUGGUGUUUGAUUUGACCAUGACUUCAUGGUCAAAUUAACCAGACAAUUUCUGGUGGGUGCCAUGUAUAGGGGUCUAAGGGUGCCUUUGGCAGCCACCUCAGGACUCGCGUCUGAUCAUGGAGCACACGGACGGUGGAAGGUUAGCCAAGGACUAAUUCCAACCCACAUUGUCAACAUUUCCCGUGGGAGGAAACCGGAGUACACGAAGAAAAUACGCGACACUGGAAAAAAUGUGAAAAUCCAUACUAUGAAAUUUGCAAUUGCACCACUAAAUCCAUAGUAUAUCCAUACUAUUUUGAUGCUUUAUCUAUACUAUGAAAAUAUACAAUUAUUAUGGAUAAUCAAAAUCCAUUCUAUUUCCAAUAAAGGUCCAUACAAUUUCCAUUGUAUGGCCUUCUAUGGAUUUUCAAUUUUUUUUCCAGUGCGACUGACUGUCGAUUCUUCUAUCUCAGAGGUGAAAGGCCGGCGCUUGCCCCGGCGAUUAUACCACCAAGCCCCAAUACAUCGAAUGCAUGUACUGAUAGACUCGAUAGUUACUAAACUUUCUUUGAAAUUUUGUUUAGGUCCAGUGCGACGAUGAAAAAAUCGAAGGUGGAAGAAAACCGAUAUGUACAGCAAACAAUAUACAAGGAUUUCCAACUAUCUUUGUUUAUAAAAAAGGGAUAAAAUUCGAUCAAUACCGAGGCGAGAGGACACCAGGUAAGAGCUACAAUUAUUUAGCUUUUCAACAGUUUUGCAAACAAUGACGAAGAUAGGAAAUGAGAAAAAAAUUUUGUCUAAAGUUGGCAUUGUAUCAGCAUCGUACGUGCGAUCAUAUUCGCCAGAGGUGGGGAGUUUAACGCCCCCUGAAAAGCAGUUGUCGGAAAAUGAAGAAUUCGUCAGCAAACGAAAAAUAUUUUAUAUAAGUAGACGAUUAGUUAGAGCGGGUACUUUUGAAAGAAAUGAUUUACUAAAACCACUAAUUCUGUUUUGUGAUUGGCGCGGUUUAAUCAAAGAAUCCUCCCGUUGAACCAGAGCCUUCACGACGUUUCAAUUUUUUAUUUACUGAAGGCUCUGGAAUCCAGGGUAGGCAAGUAAAGAAAUUACCGUCAAAUGAAGAUGUCAUAUGAAAGAUACUAUCUGUCAUUUGGGAUUGGCAAACGAACUAAUGAGGCAUUAUAGAUGGCUUAACAGGCACAAUAUAAUAAUAUAUACAUUAGUUGAUGCUAGCCAACAAACAAAAUGGUGAUUUUUGUCUAGUGUUUCUUUGCAUGCAGUUGAGUUCCUACUUUACAGUAAAAGUUGGGUGUAUUAGAGAGUCUGCUAAAACAAACGUGUUCCUUGUCAUUACAGAAGCCAUCGUCAAAUAUAUAGGGGAAGUGGUAAAGACAGGCAAGCCUAAAUUUGCUGGCAAACAAGUAAGCGAUCAACACAUGUGUCUGGCUAAGGACUUCAAGAAAUACCUCCAUCACAAUUAAAUCGCGAAGAGAAAUAUAGUCUGAUAAACGUUAUUGAAUGGUGUUUUGUUACCCAGUAUAAAUUAAUUAAUGUAAUAUUUCUGAAAUAAAAUUUUAAAACCAAAGUAGCAGUAAUAUUGAUAUUAUCCAAUUUACUCGUCACGUGACGUUUCUUAAAUUAACUAAAUAAAAAAUAAUGAUUAUUAACGCAUACAUGCAUGAGCUAGCCCAAUUAAAUUACUCAAUCGCAAUUAGCACAAAAAAUAUAUAUUGUUUGUAUCGUUUCUUAAUCAUGCCUGUAUAUAAUUGCCCGAUUUCUAUAUUAGAAUCAUGCAGAUAUUUAUAUUAACUAGUCUUAACCAUUCAUUCACUAAUUCAUUCAUUCUUGUUUCUCAAUUACUUGCAUGUGUUUUUAAUCCAUCUGUAAAAAGUACCUAACUCAUUUCCCUUGUUUCCUCGUGAUAUUCAUCACUGACUCUCAUGACUGCUUCCCACCACAAACCACCACUUACAGUGAACGUACGAAUUGGUGGUUUCUCGUAUCGGAAGACGUGCGGCUCGUCAGGUUUACACCAGGUCUUUUCAAAACGAUCAUACUUCAUGAUGUCACCCCACGAUGGACGGGAAACUUUAAAUUUGACUUCAAUUUGGGUUGCGCCUGCGGGAAUUUUAACUAUCGAAUCACUGUCACUCUCUACUGCUUCGCUUUCUUCACCAUUUAAAGAAUAGGUGAUAAUCAUUUUGGAGAGCCAGGCUCCUUCGGAUAUAUACUUGAUCGUUCCCUCUUGUGGUUCAUCUGCUUCUCCUUCGUCACUUGUCGGCGUUGUUGCUUGUGAUUCAUCGUCGUCCGGUUGAUUCGUACUCACGUUAGUUGGUUGACAGAUUGGCUCGUAACUAGAUGAUCCUUUUACCGAUUUCCAGUUGGCCCGAUGUUCGUUGUUUUCUAAAGACAAGUCAUAUCUAGCCUUGCGACGAAUUACUGUUUUAUUACAUUCAGCAGUAUGCCUCACUUGUCUCUUAACUUUGACUUCGUUGAUCCCAUGAGAGACAAGAGUUCCAGCUCCUUGCACGGCAGUUCCUUUCACAGCAUUAAUAGCUACAUUCUUAACGCCGCGCACGACAUGCUCCAUGGGGUGUUGAUUUUCCACUGAAUCAUCUAAGCGUUCUUCGACAAAUUGGGUCGCCGUCCCCAUUAUCGCCUCUGUUCCAGACUCAGCUAACUGUCGAGAGACCUCCCGUGCUAAAGUAUUACCGAGACGUCUAGCUCCCGUGAGCACAACAACCUGCUCUCCUAUAUCUCCCUGAAGAGUGGCGGUGGCUGCAGAUGCUUGACGACUGACAAUACCUUGGGUAGCUAGACCUCCUAAAGCUCCGGCACCAGCUCCUAUCACACCUGAACAUCCUGCACGAAGCAAUGCCUGUUUCGCUGUGAUAUUUUCUCCAUCUACAAACGCUCUCCCAGCAUCUGAAGCAAGAGAUGACGCAACGCCCCCAACAGCACCAGUUCCCGCGCCAACUCCAAGGAACUGACCAGCUGCAAUGGUACCCGAUUCUAACGCAACUUUUCCAAUGCCGACCACUCCUGCCGUAAUGCCUACAGCAACACCGCCAGUAAUUGCACCACCUGCAAACCCGAUCCCUAACUUUAAUAACCAUGAUUUGACGUCACACUCGUCUACUAUGGAUUCUUUAUUAACAGCGUGCAUGAAAGAUUGUAUCCCACCUCCGAUAAACCCGGAUCCAAAUAUAGCUCCAAACACCACUGUCGGCGGUGCGGCAGCUCCAGCAGUGCAAGCAGUUAAGACGAUCCCGCCAACAGUGAUCCCCAACGAUAGAGUAAGCAAGCCAAUUCUACGCCAGUAGACUUCAUUUUGUUUGUCGGUAAAACACUCUGGCCAAAAAAUUGCUUUGAAGCGUCUUAGAGACAACCAUCCUGCAUCGUAAUCGGCUUCAUUGUGAUAGCGAGCUCGUCUUUCAUCAUCAAGCAAAGUCUCCCUCGCCACGAUAAUCUGCAUUGCAAUCUCAUGGUCGCCAAAGUUUUUGUCAGGAUGCCAAAUUCUCAUUUUUUCACGGAAUGCCUUCUUAAUGGCAGCUUUCUGGUCAUCAAUAUUUUUCUUGCGAUUUUCUUUCAUGUUUAAUCCUAAAAUUUCAUACAGGUUUAACCCACCGCAUGUAGUCUUGAGCUCUUUUCUUCUGUAUAUUUUUCGAAGGCAUACUCGUUUCUCUUCUGGGAAAUUGGCAAGGUUUUCCUGGGUACAAUCCAGUGCUUCAGUGACCUUGAUUAAUUUAUCUUCAACCCAUUUUAAAGGUCCUAAAAGUUUCUUUGUCUCUCGUUUGCCCCCAAAAUUAGCAACGAUCUCAAACUUAAAUCCUGUUUCCUUGCGAUGAAGAACUCUUUCGUUCGGCUGGAUUAUUUUUGAGCUCUCGGAAACCUUGCAGAAUAGAGACCAAACAGGAUAAAUGUAAAGAGUGAGCUUAGCCUCCUUGGAUUCGUUUACAAUAAGUAGGCACUUAUAUUCCUGUUGACCAUCUUUUAAUUCAUUCGCAUUAAACAAGGAUUUUUCUUCUUUUUCAAAAUCCUUCGAUUGACUUUCAUCAUGCGACGACUUAUUUUCUUGUCUCAACGAUUCUUGGUCUUCUUUACUCAUAUCUGGUCAAAUCCUACAAGAACAUUUAAACGUUCGUUGAAAGCAGAGGCGUAGCCAUGGGGGAGGGAAUGGAGGUCUGCCCCCCCCCCCGUUUUUCAAGACCAAUUUUGUAAUUAUUUCAAAACUGAUGAGAGACGGGGGGGGGGGGUAACCUCUAAAUGUUUUAAGUUGUGAUAUAAAAUAUACCAAAUCUGUGGCUUUAAGUUUAUCGUAAUGAUUUUUGAGACGUUCUCUGGUUGGAAAUAUUUAUUUAUCACGAGCUUUCGGCUGCCAGACUGCAGCCUUCAACGGGUAGUUAUAAAAUACAAUUACAGACGACUACGGUUUACAAUUACAUAGUAUACGCCUGCGCUACGCCUACGGUUAACAAUUACAGUGACAAACAAAUAGCUGGAAGUGAUAGCUUCGCUUAUAUAUUACUCUAUGAACUUUGACAAUUGUUCUAUUUCUUUAAAAAAAUACGAUAUUGUUCUGGUAUAGAUCUUUAGAAUUAUUGUCAGCUUUAGCUGUGAGCGCGGUGUACCGGAAUUUUGGUGUAGCUGUGUGGUGGUAGUUUUCCUUGUCGAUUAUCUUGCUAUUGUACAUAUUGAAAUCAAUUUUCGCAAUAUUUGAGCCCGCUUUAUGUUUCUCGAGUCUCGACAUUAUUCACGUGUUCUUUUUUCCGCGUUAUCAACGCUCGACCGAUCGAUCGACCCUUUAAAUCAUCAAAUAUAUAGGCGGGACUAUCACUUCCAGUUAUUUGUUUGGCGCUGCAAUUAUCAGGGACGCCGGAGCGAUAAAAGGGCAGGAGGGGCAAUUGCAAGUAUGAAGGGUAGUCGGUAGCAAAUUCGUAGCCACGCUCUUUUGAUGGGAUUUCGAUGAUUUCCAAAUUUUAACUCAUCAAAUCAUUAUUUCUACGUACAAAUGGGUGCUAUACAGACCGAAGGCCACCGAAAGCAAUUGGAAAUUAGCUUUAUCAAUAUGACAAAUGGUCUACCAGUUUAAUAUAGACUAUAGUUUUAGUUUAUUUAUUUAUUUAUUCUUGUAAUAUGUGUUUAGCAGAAACAAACAAACAAACAAUCAAUCAAGCAUACUUAAUUUAAUGCAUACUUUCUACAAUCGUUCGUAAUAAAGCGGAUUAAUAUUAUGACACGAACUAUCCGCAUACCAACUGGUCGACCUAACUCUGGUUGUACCAGUAAAUAUAGGUAGUAGGUAAAGACACUAACUGAAGCAUAAUAGAUUCCAAUAAUCGCAAAAUCAACUUUUACACUAAUAAUACUUAUAUUAAAAGGGCACCUUUGCCCCCCGCCCUUGGCCCCCUUAGGACCCUUAGGAAAGGACAAUUAGACCUCCCUUCCACUCGCUUGGGGCAAGCUGGCCCUUUAUUAUUUGCGGAUGUAAUCACACCCCAUAGGAGAAACUAUUUCCUGGCAACAAAAAAGUAUCAAUAUCAGUAUCAGUAAAGUUAGCCUCACGGUGGAAAUCGAACCCGUGACCUUUGGGAUACUAGUCUAAUGCUUUGCCAACUGAGCUAGCUACGAGGCCAAGUCUGUUUUGGUUACAGAUUUUAUUUCAAUAACAGAGUUUCGCGUUUUCAACCAGAAACAAGGUUUAACAUUUAUUAAAUAAAAACGAUGUUUUGAAGACUGUUUACAUGAUUAGUUUCGUAAGAUUAACUUGAAUAUUGAAGUAAUAUUGUAGUCUUAUCAACAUUAUUAAAUGGUGUUUUGUUACCGAGUAUAAAAUAAUGUAAUAUUUCUGAAAUUUUAAAACCAAAGUAGCAAUAAUUUGUUAUUACUCAAUUAUAUCAACUAUAUUAUUAAAUAUCAUAUUAUGUCAACUUAUUAACCAUUAACUCACUAAUUACUUCAUUCUUGUCUCUCAAUUACUUGCAUGUGUUUUUAAAUCCGUCUGUGAAAAGUACCUAACUCAUUUCGCCGGUUUCCUCGUGAUAUUCAUCACUGACUCUCAUAACUGCUUCCCACCAUAGACCACCACUGACAGUGAACGUACGAAUUGGUGGUUUCUCGUAGCGGAAGACGUGCGGCUCACAAGGUUGGCACCAGGUCUUUUUAAAACGAUCAUACUUCAUGAUAUCACCCCACGAUGGACGGGAAACUUUAAAUUUGACUUCAAUUUGGGUUGCGCCUGCCGGAAUUUUAACUAUGGAAUUACUGGCACUCUCUAUUGCUUCGCUUUCUUCACCAUUUAAAGAAUAGGUGAUAAUCAUU